AUGUGGAUCUUUGUUGCUCAGGUGAACUUUACAGUGGACCAGAUCCGUGCCAUCAUGGACAAGAAAUCCAACAUCCGCAACAUGUCUGUGAUCGCACACGUGGACCACGGCAAGUCCACGCUGACCGACUCCCUGGUGUCUAAAGCCGGGAUCAUCGCGGGGUCUCGCGCCGGAGAGACCCGCUUCACAGACACUCGCAAAGAUGAGCAGGAGCGUUGUAUUACCAUCAAGUCCACGUAAGUAGUACAGGGUCGUGUUCAUUCUGUUGCUAAAAUGUCUUAAAACGAAAAUGAGUUUCUUAUUGGAAAAGUCUGACUGUUUCUUUAAAGUAAAUACAACCCAGAAGUGUUUGAAUCUCGCAUAUGGAAUUGGCAGGUUGUUGCUUGGGGGUGGGGUCUUAAAGUUAAAAUUGUUGGCCUUCACCAGAAUAAAUGUAAACUAACAAAUCAAGUAUAUGUGUGUUUUACUUUAAGAGCGAGAGCUCUGCCUAACCCCCCUCCUCCCGCAGGGUGGCUUCUGAGCACUUUUUUCCCCCCAUCAUAUGUUGCUGUCAUAUACGCACACUCGUUCAUUAGAGGCUGCUGCCCUAUGUACAUAGUCAUGGAACACUGAGCACUUUCAUGUUUACAUGCUGUUUUACCCACUGCAUAGGUAUAUGCUGUAUUCCAAUCCUAUUUAACUAUUGCUGUACAUGUACUAUUCAGAUAUACUACAUAUUCUAUCCAUAUACCAUCCAUAUUGUCUAUACAUCACACAUACUGACAUUUCUUCAUUCCAUUCUUUAACUUUUUAGAUUUGUGUGUAUUGUUUAGAUAUGACUGAGCUGUUGGCACGAGGAACACAAGCAUUUUGCUACACCUGCAAUAAUGUCUACUAAUUAUGUGCAUGCGACCAAUAAAAGGUUAUUUGCUUUGCGUAUGAGGAGGUUAGCUAAGAAUUGUGUGGCUGAAAAACAUACUGCAUGUACAAAUGCCUGAACUGAAGAUGCCAGAUUAGAGGUGGAUAAAUGUCAUUGUCCGUGCUGUGGCGAUUUUUCUUUAGCAAACAAAGCAGGAUAAGUUACAGUACAGCUUGUUCAGUGCUGUUCUGUUCCACCUGCACACAUCAACUAGUUUCCUACUCUCCCGUUCUGUCUACAUCCCACAGCUGACUGGGACGCUUGGUUUCAGACAAAAACAACUACAUUAAAAUCUCAUUCACCUAUUCUCUCCUCCCUCGCUCCUCUCAGGGCCAUCUCCAUGUACUACGAGCUGGGGGAGAACGACAUGGCCUUCAUCAAGCAGACUAAGGAUGGGCUUGGCUUCCUCAUCAACCUAAUCGACUCCCCGGGCCAUGUGGACUUCUCCUCUGAGGUCACAGCCGCCCUUAGGGUCACAGACGGAGCGCUGGUGGUGGUCGACUGUGUCUCAGGUACACUUACGGUCUCUCCUGUCUUCUGUCCCAGUCGCCUCUCUCCCUUGGGCAGUCUUUCUUGCCCUUUCAGUUUAUUUAGAUUCCAUGUAUAUUUUAGUCAUUUAGCGGACGCUCUUAUCCAGAGCGACGUACAGGAGCAAUUAUGGUUAAGUACCUUGAUUUAAGGGCACAUCAGCAGAUUUUUCACUUCGUCUUCUUGGGGAUUUUAACCAGCAACCUUUCAGUUACUGGCCCAAAUGCUCAUAACCGCUAGGCUAACCUGCUCAUCUAACACCUUCUCGUGCUCCCCUGGUCAGGUGUGUGUGUGCAGACAGAGACUGUGUUGAGGCAGGCCAUUGCUGAGCGCAUCAAGCCGGUGCUGAUGAUGAACAAGAUGGACCGUGCCCUGCUGGAGCUGCAGCUGGAGCCGGAGGAUCUGUUCCAGACCUUCCAGCGCAUCGUGGAGAACGUCAACGUCAUCAUCGCCACCUACGGCGAGGACGAAGCGGGACCAAUGGGUGCCAUAAUGGUGAGACACACACAGGUUGCGUGAAUGCAGGAUUGUGUUUAAUACGCAGGAAAGGAAAACGCAUAUCUAAAAUGGUUAUUGUAAAUUCUGCUCGGUUUCAGUCAAGGUUCACUCCAAAUCAUGAAAAUAAAAGUAUAUUUGCUCUUGUUGUUGGAGCACCAGACAGUGCUCUGACUAGUGUGUAGGCUACUUCUCUCUGGUAGCAAGGUUAACUUCAGGUAAAACAUUUAGGAAAUGUAGCUGGCUACAUUCUUUAAAAAAAUGAUGGGCAUGCAUCGUUUUUGCAGCAACAAAAUACCUUUGACAAUGUGAGCUAAUUUACUUGUGCGGCUGCUUGCCAAAUAGUGUUGCACUGCUGUCAUCUGAAACGAUUUUGUUGCACUAAUGUAUUUUGUGUGAAGGGAAACUAUAGUUGCACGCUAUUGAAGCAAAAAAACACUGACUUUAUGAAACACAGGUGAGAUGGUUUGUUUUUGAAAAUGUAGAUUUCUGAAAGCUACUGCGACCUCUGACACACUUGAUGAGCAUAACUGUAAGUAGUGAUCAGUUGGUUUGAAUAUCUUCUAACUUUCAGACAAUUCAGAGCUUACACCGCGAUGGAGAAAAUCAAUGUCCAGUUCAACUGACAGACAAUGGGACUGGUCCCAAUUCUCUGGCGUGAUCAUAGGUCAAACAUGCUUCCCUAACAGACAAUGACCUGGCCCUAUUGUCGUCCCUCAGAUUGACCCUGUGAUCGGUACCGUGGGGUUUGGGUCUGGCCUACACGGCUGGGCCUUCACCCUCAAGCAGUUUGCUGAGAUGUACGUGACCAAGUUUUCUGCUGGCAAAGAAACCCAGCUGGGAUCAGCGGAGAGGUGUAAGAAGGUGGAAGACAUGAUGAAGAAGCUGUGGGGAGAGAGGUACAUGCCCAUACUACACACCCACUGUACACAUAGACACUACUGCACAUGCACGCAACCCCAGUCUACACAUUGUACACGAUGACACAUGCACUGUACAUAGAAACCCACUGUAAGAAGAUGGGAGGACAUGAUGAAUAAUCUGUGGACAGAGCGAGGGUAUUCAGACAAGAGUACUGGAACAAGAUGUACACAGGUAUGCGUGCGCUUAGAUGGACAGACCGAAAGACACGCGUAGCACAAGUGGAAUACGCAAUGUAGAAAUUACAGGUAGACGGGUACAUACUUACUCUGGGUGCGUUCCAGAUAGAUGUUCUCUGUGCAGAUUGUCAGAUCUAUACUGUCUGGAGAAGUGUAGCAUCUCAGGAACCACACCAAUGUAAUUUAGUAAUCAUAUAAUUUCUACAGAGCUGCACUGAAAUGUAUCUGGAAUGCACUUUCUCUCUCUCGCUCUCCCUCUCUGGGCGCACUUGAUUUAAAAACGCCUGUUGUGCUGGUUAGGCGGCGCUUGUACCUUAGGACCGAUGAAAUGGCUCCAAAAGGGACAACUCCGCCUACCCCGGCGCUUCGGAUGAAUUAAAUGAAGUGUGCCUGUUCUCUCUCUCGCUUUCUCAAUCACACGCACACAGGUGAGGGCGUGGCAAUAUUGAAAAGUGAUUUGCAGGUAUGUGACGUGACACGGGCAGCCCCCUAUAUGUACAGGGUUUUUCUCUGUAUGGAGACCUAAGGAAGACCAAAGGGUUGAAGACAAAGUAAACCCAUUUGGGAGCCUAAAUCUCAGGUGCGCACUCUUCUCUUAUGUUGGCAAACAAUCUGACGUGUUGCAAAUAUUUCCUGUUUUUGGCUGUUUACUUGUCACGGCUGAUUGUAACAUACUAUAUGCUUGCGAGUUCCUGGCUGUCGUAGUGACAUGAAAUGUAGUUAACUGUUGCAUUUGUCUUUUUUUUCCUUGACUCAUAAUAGCACUGGUUUUGCAGAUGGCAGCUAUUUUUGAAGAAGGUUUUACCCAAAGGUUUUGUUUGCAAACGGGGUCGAGGUCAAUUCGAAUUGAAGUCGGUCAAUUCAGGAAGUAAAAUGAAAAUGUUGAAACUGGUUAUUUUCUCAAACUGAAGAGGAUAAGCUAUUUCAGAAGUUAUUCCAUAAAAAAAAAAAAAAAUCAAAUCACUAAAUUAAUUGACUUCAAUUGGCAUGGAUAACUACCCUGGUUGCAACUUGAGUUUAAUGCACCGCUCAGUCAUUUAGCAGACGCUAUUAUACGGAACUGUCAAUGUGAAUAUUAAACUGUGUGUCCACCUGGUAGGUUUUUUGACCCAGCCACUGGGAAGUUCAGUAAGUCUAACCUCGGCCCCGACGGUAAGAAGCUGCCCCGCACCUUCUCUCAGCUGGUCCUGGACCCCAUCUUCAAGGUGAGAGGGGACAUGACCCCCCUAAACUGUUUUAAUUGAUUUUAUGCAAUGCAUUCACCAAUAUAAAAUACAUGUGUUUUUUUAUGGUAAGCAACUUCUCCCUCCCUCCAGGUAUUUGAUGCUAUCAUGAACUUCAAGAAGGAUGAGACGGCCAAGCUGAUAGAGAAGCUGGACAUCAAGCUGGACUCUGAGGACAAGGAGAAGGAGGGUAAGCCCCUGCUGAAGGCAGUGAUGCGUCGCUGGCUCCCGGCCGGAGAGGCCCUGCUUCAGAUGAUCACCAUCCACCUGCCUUCCCCCGUCACCGCCCAGAAGUACCGUUGUGAGCUGCUCUACGAGGGACCAGGAGAUGACGAGGCCGCCAUGGGUGAGGGCUCACAAACACGUACACGCAAUGCUUCAGCCAGCCCACAGUUUACUCACUGCAAGACACACACUUGGCGCUAUGAUUUGAUGGCUCACACAAGAUCCAAAAUUAAAAAGUAACGGUACACGUGCCUGUCCAUGUCAACUAGCAAAGGAUUAGACCUCACAUUUCCUAGUUGAUAUAAAGUCUGGUUUCAUAAUCCUAAUUAACCUCCCCCUCUCCUUGCCGCUCAGGUAUCAAGAACUGCGACCCCAAGGCUCCCCUGAUGAUGUAUAUCUCUAAGAUGGUGCCCACCACAGAUAAGGGUCGCUUCUAUGCCUUUGGCCGUGUGUUCUCUGGCUGCGUGUCCACCGGCUUGAAGGUGCGCAUCAUGGGACCAAACUUCACCCCCGGGAAGAAAGAAGACCUCUACGUCAAACCCAUCCAGAGGUGUGUGUGGUACCAUUUUUAAAGUGGCAGAUGUGUGUGACUUAACUUUUUCAAGCAUUGUUUAUUCUUCCCCCGCUUCAUCACUCGUCUUCCUCCCACUGUAGGACCAUUCUGAUGAUGGGGCGUUAUGUGGAGCCCAUUGAGGAUGUGCCAUGUGGGAACAUUGUUGGUCUGGUUGGAGUGGACCAGUAUCUGAUUAAGACUGGGACCAUCACCACCUUUGAACAGGUGGGUUGUACAGCGCAUCACCUUUUUACUAUAGCAAAACUCAAGACCGCUUUGACUUUUUGUGACUGGAGUACUCCUAGACUUUUGUUCCGGUUAAAAGUAGUGCACUACAUAGGGAAUGGGGUGCCAUUUUGGACGAACAAUGGAUGAGUAUUUAUGUAUGCUUGUCCGACAGGCCCACAAUAUGCGUGUGAUGAAGUUCAGUGUCAGCCCUGUGGUGAGGGUGGCUGUGGAGGCCAAGAACCCUGCUGACCUGCCCAAGCUGGUGGAGGGACUGAAGCGACUGGCCAAGUCUGACCCCAUGGUGCAGUGUAUCAUCGAGGAGUCUGGAGAGCACAUCAUCGCCGGGGCCGGAGAGCUGCAUCUGGAGAUCUGCCUCAAGGACCUGGAGGAGGACCACGCCGGCAUUCCACUGAAGGUGAGGGAGGGGGAGGAACAGGGCGUGGGGGACAAGGAUUGUACUUGAGAGAGACUGAUUUCUCAGAGUAUAGUACAUGGUAAGAUGACCGUCAUGGAAAUAUCUAUGUAGACUAACUCACUGUCCUAACCUGAUUCGCAACCCUCUCCUCACCCUAACAGAAAUCUGACCCAGUGGUGUCCUACAGGGAGACCGUGUCUGAGGAGUCUGAAGUGAUGUGUCUGUCCAAGUCCCCCAACAAGCACAACCGCCUAUACAUGCGGGCCAAACCCUUCCCUGACGGCCUGGCCGAGGACAUCGAGAAGGGUGACAUCAGCCCCCGGCAGGAGCUGAAGAUCCGCGCCCGCUUCCUGGCUGACAAGUAUGAGUGGGACGUGUCGGAGGCCCGUAAGAUCUGGUGCUUCGGCCCCGACGGUACCGGGCCCAACCUGCUGAUGGACGUGACCAAGGGAGUCCAGUACCUGAAUGAGAUCAAGGACAGCGUGGUGGCCGGCUUCCAGUGGGCCGUCAAGGAGGUGGGUUUAGGUUUGCUUUAGUUAAGCUUGACAACUAACUGCUGCAUUGUGACUCAUUUUCCUUGCCAAAGCUCAUUGAUGCGUUGUAGUUUAAUGAAAUCUACCUUCAUGACUUCAGUUUAUGUGUAAAUAGAUUAAAAUCCAGUGUAGGCCAUGCUACAGGUAUCAAGUUUGCUUAAUCAUUUCUGUCCUGAGUUGUGAUGUGCAGUUCCUUCCGCCCUCUUACAGGGUGUGCUGUGCGAGGAGAACAUGCGUGCGGUCCGCUUCGACAUCCACGACGUGACCCUGCACACGGACGCCAUUCACCGCGGUGGCGGACAGAUCAUCCCCACCGCCCGCAGAGUGUUGUAUGCCUGCCAGCUCACCGCCCAGCCACGUCUCAUGGAGCCCGUCUACCUAGUGGAGAUCCAGGUGUGUAACUACUUUGCCACCUGACCAGGAACUCGGCCGCUGUCUUAUAUUGAAUUGUAUGCUAGGCUAUAGGGGUCUAUUUGGAAUCAAGUAUGACGUUUCUGAGUAAUGCGUUUCCUGCUUCUGCAGUGCCCAGAGCAGGUAGUGGGUGGGAUCUACGGCGUGCUGAACAGGAAGCGAGGCCAUGUGUUCGAGGAGUCCCAGGUGAUGGGCACGCCCAUGUUCAUCGUUAAGGCCUACCUGCCUGUCAACGAGUCAUUUGGUGAGUGAGCGAAAUUGAACCCAACUCUGUGUAGAACAGUUAUUCUUAUCUGAUGGGUAACGUCUAGAGAUGACACAUUGAACUCUGACCCAGUGUUCGACUACUGUCAGAUAGACCUCAAGCGGUAACUGUCCUGUUCCCUGUUCCCGCCCCAGGCUUCACCGCUGACCUGCGCUCCAACACGGGCGGCCAGGCCUUCCCCCAGUGUGUGUUUGACCACUGGCAGAUCCUCCAGGGAGACCCCCAGGACCCCACCACCAAGACCGCCAUUGUGGUGGCCGAGACCAGGAAACGCAAGGGGCUCAAAGAGGGCAUCCCAGCCCUGGACAACUACCUGGACAAAUUGUAAAUGUUGUCCUGGUUUCCCCCUAGCCACUACGACCCCCCCCCCCACACACACUUGUGUAGAUUGAUAAUGAUUGGCUAGGCAUACGCAAUGUGUUUGAUUUCACCUAGCCUAUCGGAGGGUAACGUGACACUAUUGGCAUAUUGCUUAUGGUAUACCUAUCCGACCCUUUCAGAUCUACACAGUGCCCAGGGGAAGGGACUAGGGGUUGGUUUGGAAUUGAGUGGUCUGACCAUUUUUUUUUUCUUCCCCCUUCAUUCCUUCUGUUCCUCCAUUGUACGAGUGAGGGAUGGGACUGUACAGUGCACUGUGAGCGCAGUAGCGCUUGCCUAA